UGUGUCAAGAUGGCGCCAAAUAUUGCCGUUAUUUUUUGCUAAAAAGUGUGACGUAAACAAAUCUCAAUACAAUAUUGAAUAGCAUGCGGGUAAAUAGUGACAAAAACUUACAGUAUUAAAAAUGGUAUAUGUAUUAUCACAUGAUAAUUUAAAUAAUUUAACGUUUGCUAUUAAUCAUUUUGAAGAAGGAACACCAAAUCGUUGGAGAUUUAUUAGUGAAUAUGUUUCAUUAAAAAACAAAGGAGAAAUUGAACGCACGGUUGAAGUAACUAUUUGUGGAAAAGAAAAAAAAGUGGAGAAAAUAUCAACAUUUGAUGAGAAAACUUGUUAUAAAAUUUUCAAAAUUAUUCAAUGUGAUUAUUUGCAUUUAUUAAAAACCAGUGAAGAAUAUGAAAUAUUCAAUGGAGUGCAUGGCAACAGAAAAGACGGAUUUAAAAGGUUAGUUUUACGUGCACCUAUAACUAAAUGUAUUUUCUGCCAAUGUAAACUAUCAACCAUUGCCACACCAAGUUUUCCUUAUGUUUUCACUGAAAAUGGAACCUACGUCGCUGCCAAUUACACAUCUGAAUGUAGAAAUUGUAUUAACAAACCGCGGUACAAUGUGUCGUUUUAUACCACAACAGAAAACGAAAGACAAACCCGAUCUUAUUAUGAAGAUAAUUUUCAGCCUUAUUACUUGUCUACUUCCCAAUCAUGUUUUUCGGUAGCAUAUUUAAACUAUUGUUCAAAGCAGAUCCAAGUUAUGGGUGCAUCAUUUGAAUCUUUGGCAGAAGUCUACAACUCAUAUAACUGUGCAUCGGACAAUAUAAGAUUGCAUCAAUUAACAAGUUUUCCACGAGUAAAUCUACAAAAAACAAAUUGUAUAUUAAAUCCACACCGUUUAGAAGAGGCAUGGUUCGUAUACAGAAUUAGUAGUGUAUUGCGCAAAGAAAUACCUGUUUGCAAAAUGGAUUCUGGAUUAAUAAAUGUUGAGAAGCUGUGUAGCCAUGUUAUGUCUAGUUUUGAAGAAAUGCAACAGAAAUGGGUGGAUCAUGCUUGCAAUGUGAAAGGUUGUAAAGAGGGAUAUUGCACAAUCGAUGGAAAUGAAAAAUUAAGAAGAAGUAUUUGUGCCAACGGUGGUGACAAAGUAAUUAAUGAUGAGGGUUUGACUGUUCAAGAUUGCUGUCCAAAGGAUCCAGAAUUUGGCGGGAAACACUGCAAACCAAACAAAUUCUGUACAAGUCAUAAAGAAAAUUCCAAUGUUGUGUUGUCGGAUGAAGAUUCGGAGGAACAGAGAAAAUCAGAAAGAAAAAGAAAAUGUCCUUUGUACUUACAAGAUUACAUAACAGAUUAUGGAGAUGGUAACCUUCAAAAAAUGAUCAAAGUAGACCAUGAAAUAAACAGUUGCAAAGAUAAGAAAAAACUAAAUAAAUUCUACAGUACAAGUGCUGGAAUGUUCUUCGCCAUAAGACCGUGUGGUAUAAUAGUUAGUUGUGAUGAAAUGUACAGUCAUGAAUCAUUAACGCAGGCUUUUUUAUUCCUUCGAAAGGUAUUUUUCAAAAAUGGUGUAUGCUCUGAUAGGUUGAAGUAUAUCGGUUAUGACAGAUCUUGUGAACUCAAACCAUUUGUAAGAAGGCUAGUACAGAACGAGGUACCAGGUGCUGAAUGCAUGUUAAAAUCAGUAGACUUUUUAGUAGAUAUUUUUCAUGUUAUGAAACAUACUAAAUCUUGUUGUAUGCCUUUACACAACAAUCCCAAAUGUGAAUUCCACCCCAAACUAGAAAAGUUUGUAGAAAUACAUGGUUCAAACACAGAAAGUUGUGAACAAGCAUUUAAAAGACUAAACAGAUUUAAGCAUUCAACAAGGAUGAUGACACGGAAAAAAAGAAAACUAUUUUUCAUUAUCAUAAACAAUGACUUUAAUGAAAGAACAGAAGAAAAGAGUAGUUAAGCUAUACAAAUUUAUAAUAUGCAGAAAACUGUUAAUAUUAAAAUUAUAUGUUAACUAUGCAAUGUUCUAUUAGUGAUUCAAACAAAUGAUAUAAUGUGGCAUUCCCAACUACAAAAAAUGUAUGGUAUUAUAGUCCCCACAAUUUUUCAAAAUUACACCUAAAUCUGUGUAAAGUUAUUAAAUCUCAUAUUUAUGGUACAUGUAAUUAUAGUAAUAUAUAAUUAAAACAAAUCUGCACAAAAGUAACAAAAUUAUUUUUGUACUACUAUUAAAAAAUACGUGCAGGAAUCCUGCAUUUGCCAUUUAUAAUUAUUUGUUUAUAAUUGGUUAUCAUUCUUCACUUAGUAUAUUUUUACUAAAUUCAUCUAUUCUUUAUAUUUUGCACUCCAUUAUUGUCAAGUGUUAAUUAAAUAGUUAUUUUUUCUAUAUUCUCUAUGUGUAAACCUAUAUUCCAGCAUUACUUAAAGUUUCUAACCUUUAAACCCCAUCCACACCAUACUGUGAUAAAUAUAAUUAAUAAAACAUUAUAAUUCGUUUUCAAGUACAUUUAUUUAUUAGUACAUCACAAAAUCCAAUGUUAUGACAAGUUGAAACAAUACUGAUUUUAGGUGCAUACAAAUACUAAUUACGCAUACAUAUUCAAAUCAAAUCAUAUCCAUAAAAUCAAAUAUUUUAUUAUAGUCACACCUCUCUACAUGUACAAUACAAACAUAAAUACAAUAUAUACAACAUGUUUAAAUUAUAACUACAGAACAAUAUUAAAAACAUUCGAUAGCCACUCUCAAAAGAGUUAUGAGAGACUUUUACAUGAAAAAGGACAGCUCGAUAAAAAUACAAAACAUUUUUUAUCUAUAUAAAAAAUUCUUCUUUUAAAUUGGUAUUCAUGUAUUAAAAACAAUAUUAAUAGUGUAUAAUUAUCAAUUAGGGCUGUAAAAAAUUCAAUUUUCCCAAAAAAUCAUUACAAUAACUUGUUUAUAUGCAUUUAUUAUGAAAUAUGUGUCUGUCUGUAUUACUGUAAACAAUUAAUAAAAAAUAAAUUAAUAUUAUAAUUUAUAUAUGCAUGUACAAACAAUGUUGUUUUCAUUCAUGCAAUUUUAUGUAAUUGGUCAGAAGUCAGCUUUUCAGUAGUUGUCGUUUGUUGUUAUGGUUCCUAAGUUUUUCUAGUUUCUCAUUUUGUAUACAAAUUAGGCUGCUGCUUAUCCUGUUUAAAUUGUUUUUCACUAUUCAUUUUGGGUCCCUUGAUAGCUUGCAGUUCGGUGUAAGCCAAUGUGUGUUGAAGUCCGUACUUUAACCUGUAAUUGUUAACUUUAUAUAUAUACAUUGUUAUUUCGAUGGAGAUUUGUCUCAAUGGCACUAAUACCACAUCUUCUUAUUUAUAUUUAUAUAUAAAUACUAACAAAUCCUUGCAAAAAAUACAUACUCAGUAUACUGCUUGCAGUUAUAAUUAUAUGAAAACCAUUUUAUACUAUUUAUUUCAACUUAUGUUGUCGAAUGCACGUCUUUUUGGAUUACUCUUCACCAAAGCCUUCCAUUGGUAACGAUCAAGUUGUUGCAUUUCUUAUUCAGUUGAUUGAGUUGAUGUUUGGUAAUCAAUCGUGAUCAAUCGUAUCGAUCGUUACGAUUGAGUUUUUGUAUUUCGUAUUGAGUUGAUUGAGUUGAUUUUUGGUAAUCAAUCGUGAUCAAUCGUAUCGAUCGUUACGAUCGAGUUGUUGUAUUUCGUAUUGAGUUGAUUG